AGUGUUCUCCCUCUUUUAUCUCCGUCCACUCGCCCUCGACUCAAAGCCAAAAGCAACAAACGACCACUGUAUACUCUCUCUCUCUCUCUCUCUCUCUCUCUCUCAAGAGAAAAUGUCCAGCAUCUUCUGGAGAAACUUCUACUUCUGCUUCUCUAAAUUCAAAUGCCCCUCCGCCGCUCUACCGCCGCCGCAGGAAGAUCACGGCCUUCAACCGGAUGCCACAACCACCCGGCUUGUCAAGAACUUCAACUCUCUCUACUACCCAACUCCCGACUCCAACUCCAAAUCCCUCGCCUCCUCCUCCGACUUCUUCUCCUCCUCCGAAGACUCCGACGACGCCGACUCUUCUCCUGAUUUCGCCACCAUCUUCGCCUCCCACCGCUUCUUCUUCUCCUCCCCUGGCCUUUCCAACUCCAUCAUCGAUUCCACCGACUCCCCGAGGGAGCCGGCCGGCCGAGCCCUGGUACCCGGAGGAAUCGCCGUUCAGACGUACUCCCCAGACCCGUAUCAGGAUUUCCGGCGAUCAAUGCAGGAGAUGAUCGAAUCACGCCGGAUAAUCGACGUGGCCGCCGAUUGGGAUUACUUGCAUGAACUCCUCAAUUGUUACCUCACGCUAAAUCCUAAACACACGCACAAGUUCAUCAUCCACGCCUUCUCCGAUCUUCUCGUCACCCUCAUGUCAUCGGCGACCACCAUAGACAGCCACCGGAAAGCUCGAAACUUGCAAAGACUCUUGUAAUUUUUCGUUUUACUUCUUGGGGCCGGGUUGUUGAUGGGAAGUUGGUCUGUCUGUCUUUGGCAAGAAAGAUGUUUCUUCUAGGAAGACAAGAGUAAAAUGUAUUGAAAAUCAGAAAACCAAGGAAAGCGUGGGAUGUUAAUGCCUCGAUCGGUGCACGUAAUUUUUCUAACCUAUAUAUUAUGCUGCUUUUGUAAGAUGCAAUGUCUUGUAUGUUGUUUGGUUGAAUCUUA